AUGGAAGGCCAGCCACCCCAACCGAUCGCCGAGGACCCCAGGAUGUCCCACGAAUCCUCCCUCUCGAGCGUUUCCACCACCAGCCUCGUCUUUGAACAUCUGCACGAGCAGAAUGAGAAGAGCUACCACUCCUCCUCUCAGAGGCGCCGCGCUCCGUCUGCCGCUGCCGGCGGCUACGCCGACCAUCCCGACGAUGACGACGACGACGACUAUAAGGAGUCCGACGCAAACGACCUCGAGACGGGCCCCUUCCUGGCGUCUCCCGGCAUAAUGCGCCGCGUUGGCAUGGACCGCGGGCUGAAGAAGGGGCUGGUGAUCCUUGGUGCUGCCUUCGUUUUUGCAUGGGGCGCUGCCCUCUUUGUCUUUUUGUCCAACAAGGCCUACAGGCACGGGGGUACCGUUGACCAUGAUCCGUCGGCUACCUCGCGCGGCUCCGGAAAACCUGUGACGUUGGACCAGGUCUUGACCGGCCUCUGGUACCCAAACUCCCACUCGAUAAGCUGGAUCGAGGGCCCCAAUGGAGAGGACGGGUUGCUCCUCGAGCAGGGUGCGCGGGGCAAGGACUAUCUUGUCGUCGAGGACGUGAGGUCCGCCAAGACGGACGGCGAAGUCGCGGCCGAUGUUGUCCAGAGUCGCACUUUGAUGAAGAACCCCUGGAUUGAUGUCAAUGGCCGCCAAUUGACGCCCGCCGACGGCCGCCCGAGUAAGGACAUGAAGAAGGUCCUUGUCUCGACCGAUCGGAACCGCAACUGGCGCCACUCCUUCACGGCGCUGUAUUGGAUCUUUGACGUCGAAACUCAAACCGCCGAGGCCCUUGAUCCCGAGUACCCCGAAGGCCGGGUACAGCUCGCCACUUGGAGCCCCCAGAGUAAUGCCGUUGUAUUCACCAGAGACAACAACCUCUUCUUGAGGAAACUGGACGGCGACAAGAAGGUCACGCAGAUCACAAAGGACGGCGGACCCGAGUAUUUCUAUGGCAUCCCCGACUGGGUCUACGAGGAGGAAGUGUUUGCUGGAAAUAGCGCCACUUGGUACUCGGAGGACGGCAAGUACGUCGCAUUCCUGCGAACCAACGAGACGGGCGUCCCAGAGUAUCCUUUGCAGUACUUCGUGUCGCGGCCCUCGGGCAAGGAAAAGCCUCCCGGCGAAGAGACGUACCCGGAUGAGAAGCGCAUCAAGUACCCCCGUGCCGGCAGCCACAACCCCGUCGUAGACCUUCUCUUCUACGACGUUGAGCGCGGCGAUGUUUUCUCGGUCGAUAUCGAUGGCGGCUUCGCGGAUGACGACAGGCUCAUCAAUAUGGUCCUCUGGGCCAGUAACAAGGUCCUGAUCAAGGAGACCAACCGCGUGAGUGACAUCAUGCGAGUCGUCCUCGUUGAUGUCGUCGCUCGUACCGGCAAGACGGUCAACACCAUUGACGUGGGCAAGCUCGACGGUGGCUGGUUUGAGAUCUCUCACGAGACCCAGUUCAUUCCCGCCGAUCCUGCCAAUGGACGACCCGAGGAUGGCUAUAUUGACACCGUGGUCCACGACAACGGUGAUCACAUUGCGUACUUCUCACCUAUGGACAACCCCGAGCCCGUCUAUCUCACCGGCGGCGACUGGGAGGUUGUAGGCGGGCCCUCGGCAGUUGAUCUGAAGAACAACUUGGUGUACUUCGUUUCGACCCAGGAAUCUUCGAUCCAGCGCCACGUUUACAGCGUUCACCUCAAUGGGUCCGACCUCAAGCCCUUCACGGACACCAAGUUUGAGAGCUACUACGACAUCUCCUUCUCCAGCGGCGCCGGCUUCAGCCUUCUGACAUACCAAGGCCCCAAGAUCCCCUGGCAAAAGGUCAUUAGCACGCCCAGCAACCCCACCAGCUACGAGCACGUUAUCGAGAAGAACGAGGAGCUCGCUGCGAACGCCAAGAAGUACGAGCUCCCGAUUCUCAAGUACGGAACCAUCAAGGUGGACGAUGUAGAGCUCAACUACGUCGAGCGCCGCCCUCCCCACUUCAACGAGAAGAAGAAGUAUCCUGUUCUGUUCCAGCAGUACUCGGGCCCGGGCUCCCAAAGCGUCAACAAGAAGUUCUCAGUCGACUUCCAAUCUUACGUCGCAUCGGCCCUUGGCUAUAUCGUCGUCACCGUCGACGGCCGCGGCACUGGCUUCAUCGGCCGCAAGAACCGUGUGCUCAUCCGCGACCAGCUCGGCCACUGGGAGGCCCACGACCAGAUCGCUGCCGCCAAGAUAUGGGCUGCCAAGAAGUACGUUGACGCAGCGCGCAUCGCCAUUUGGGGGUGGAGCUAUGGCGGCUUCAACGCCCUCAAGACGCUCGAGAUGGAUGCUGGCGAGACCUUUAGCUACGGCAUGGCAGUCGCCCCCGUCACGGACUGGCGCUUCUACGACUCCAUCUACACAGAGCGCUACAUGCGCACGCCCCAGCUGAACCCGUCCGGCUACGACCAGACGGCCAUCUCCAACGUCUCGGCCCUCGCGGGCAACGUCCGCUGGCUCAUGAUGCAUGGCGUCGCCGACGACAACGUCCACUAUCAGAGCACCCUCACCCUCCUCGACAAGCUCAACCUCGAGGGCGUGGAGAACUACGACGUCCACGUCUUCCCCGAUAGCGACCACGGUAUCUACUUCCACGGCGCCAACAGGAUUGUCUACGAUAAAUUGAGCAACUGGCUCAUCAACGCCUUUAACGGAGAGUGGCUCAAGAUCGUCGAUGCGAAACCCAUCGUCGAGCCCAAAGAGAAGGAGAGGAGAUGA